GCGCCGGGAGCCGUGGUAACGCGCGGGCCGCGUGUGGGGAGCGCGGCGGCGGCCUCGCCAUGAAGAUCGAGGAGGUGAAGAGCACGUCCAAGACGCAGCGCAUCGCGGCGCACAGCCACGUCAAGGGGCUGGGGCUGGACGAGAGCGGCACGGCCAAGCCGGCGGGCGCCGGCCUCGUGGGCCAGGAGAACGCGCGCGAGGCAUGCGGGAUUAUAGUGGAGCUGAUCAAAAGCAAGAAAAUGGCUGGCAGAGCCGUGCUCUUGGCAGGACCUCCGGGAACCGGCAAGACUGCUUUGGCUUUAGCUAUUGCACAGGAACUGGGAACUAAAGUUCCCUUUUGUCCUAUGGUUGGAAGUGAGGUCUAUUCCACGGAGAUCAAGAAAACAGAAGUCCUGAUGGAAAACUUCCGGAGGGCAAUUGGACUGAGGAUUAAAGAGACCAAGGAGGUUUAUGAAGGAGAAGUCACAGAGCUAACUCCAUGUGAGACUGAAAAUCCUAUGGGGGGAUAUGGCAAAACCAUCAGCCACGUAAUUAUAGGACUCAAAACUGCAAAGGGAACUAAACAGUUGAAGCUGGACCCCAGCAUAUUUGAAAGCUUGCAGAAGGAACGAGUGGAAACAGGUGAUGUUAUUUACAUCGAAGCAAACAGUGGAGCUGUCAAGAGGCAAGGCAGGUGUGAUACGUACGCUACGGAAUUUGACCUUGAAGCUGAAGAAUAUGUUCCCUUGCCAAAAGGUGAUGUGCACAAGAAAAAGGAAAUUAUUCAGGAUGUCACCCUGCAUGACUUGGAUGUGGCCAAUGCUCGACCUCAGGGAGGACAAGACAUCCUUUCUAUGAUGGGACAACUAAUGAAGCCUAAGAAAACUGAAAUUACUGACAAACUUCGAGGAGAGAUAAAUAAGGUGGUAAAUAAAUACAUUGAUCAAGGCAUCGCUGAGCUGGUCCCAGGUGUACUCUUUGUGGAUGAGGUUCACAUGUUGGAUAUUGAAUGUUUCACAUACCUGCACCGAGCACUGGAGUCUUCCAUUUCUCCCAUUGUCAUCUUUGCUUCUAAUCGAGGAAACUGUGUUAUCAGAGGCACAGAGGAUAUAAUAUCUCCUCAUGGAAUACCCCUGGACUUGCUGGACCGAGUGAUGAUUAUCCGAACCAUGCUGUAUACGCCCCAAGAAAUGAAGCAGAUCAUUAAACUUCGUGCUCAGACAGAAGGAAUUAAUAUUAGCGAAGAAGCUCUAAACCACCUGGGAGAAAUUGGUACAAAAACAACCUUGAGGUACGCUGUGCAGCUGCUGACCCCAGCCAACCUGCUUGCCAAGAUCAACGGGAAGGACAGCAUCGAGAAGGAGCACAUUGAAGAAAUAAAUGAACUUUUCUAUGACGCCAAAUCCUCAGCAAAAAUCUUGGCUGAUCAACAGGAGAAGUACAUGAAAUGAAAAGCAUUUCGUAAGUUAGAUGCUUUGAAGGGGCUUGAACCCCAAGGCAGGCUAAUUAGCUCAGUGAGAAUUGUUAAUGGUUUGUCUCUUUGGGGACCGAAAAUAUUUAACUGUUGGACUGCUUGCGAGAACAGAGUUAGCUGUCAGGUGUUCCUAUAUUUUUUGUGUACAAUAAGAUGCUCCGUGAUGGCUGUAACACCUUGCUCUCCUUUAAUCAGUAUGUAUGAAAUGGAUAGCUCUGGACCCACCAGUUCUGUUUGCCUCUAGGUUUUGUUACAAAAGUGCUCUCACUGAAGUUGAUGCUUAAGAACAGUUUAUUUUCU